AUGAGAAGUCGUCCUAAGACGCCGCAAGAGAAGGCAAGAAAUCCUACUACUAGCCAUCGACAUAGUAUUACUACUACUACUCCUAACACUACUACUACCACCUCUACGACGACUAGUACUGCCCGUCGUCCCUUACUGAGAUCAAAUCCAACAGCUGAUAAUAUUCAUUUAAAUCUAGAUAAUAGACAUUAUCUUUCUAAAAAUAACAACAAAAAGAACAGUGAUAAUACUAAUCAUAAUGAUCAAUCAGAAGAUGACAAUAUCAAUGGUACUUCUCAACAAUCGAAUGAUAAUUUACAAGCCAUGAAAAGUGCCUCAAUGACUAACUUACAAAUAUUAGGGAGAUCGGAAUUAUCACAUGGAACAAAUAGAGAAACAAAAGUUGUAUCUAUUGCUCCCCCAUAUUAUUAUGAUUAUAAUCCAAAUAUUAAUGAACAUUUCGGUAAUGAUAUCAAUAACAAUACCAAUGGUGAGGGCGGCGGCAACAAUUCCCUUGGAUAUAACAUGUUAUCAAACAUCGAACUAGGCACAACCACAACCGAUCAAACGAAUAAUUUACUGGUAGAUGUUCUUCCAUCAUUUUAUAUGUAUAAUGUUUUACAUAGACAUAUUCCUCAAGGGAAUGUAGAUCCUGAUAUACAUGAUUAUCCACCAAAUUAUCAAGAAACAAUAACUCACGUAAAUCCCUUACUAUCGAAUGCUUCAACAAAUGAUACCACUGCAACAACGACAGCAAAUGAAAACAUUGUAGAAAACUUGACAACAACAACGAUGACGACGACAACACCACCAUCGAAUAAUACUUCUUCUUCAAAUUUGAAUAUAUUGAACAACUUACAUCCAUUAAACACAAGACAUUAUAAUAUAUCAUCUAACACAAACAGUACAUCACAUAUCAACAAUGGUUCAUCUUCAAGUACAAACGAAUUACAUACAGAAAUUGAAGAUGAUUUAAACGAUUCAGAUAGUAUCAUCAUUGAUAAAUUAUAUUCUUUACCGAAAUUAGCUACACCAAUUGAAAUAGAUAUAAGAGUCACCAAAAAUGUUUCGAAACCACAUAUUAAAAAUGAGGAAGAAUCAAUAUUAAAAGAAUACACUUCAGGUGAUAUCAUUCAUGGUUAUUGUAUCAUUGAAAAUAGAUCUUCACAACGUUUAAAAUUCGAAAUGUUUUAUGUCACUUUGGAAGCAUACAUUUCAAUCAUUGAUAAUGUACGUGGUAAAAGAACUGUAAAGAGAUUCUUAAGAAUGGUAGAUUUAAGUGCAAGUUGGUCAUACACUGAUAUUGAUUUAAGUUCAGGAAUUAAUUUGGUACCGGGACAAAUAGAUUCUUAUGAUAAUUCAAUUAUCGGAUUGAAAAAUAAUAGAAUAUUAGAACCAAAGACAAAAUAUAAAAAAUUCUUCAUGUUUAAAUUACCAAAUCAAUUAUUAGAUAUAACAUGUAAACAAGAACAAUUCUCUCAUUGUUUAUUACCUCCAAGUUUUGGUAUCGAUAGAUAUAAAAACUCAAGGAAAUAUUCUUCCAUUAAAGUUAAUAAUGUCCUAGGUUGUGGUCAUUUGGGUGUUAAGGGUUCCCCCAUAUUGACUUCAGAUAUAUCAGAUGAAAAUGUCUCCAUUAAUUAUACCAUUGACGCAAGAAUUGUAGGCAAAGAUUUAAAGACUCAAAAAUUAAAUAUUAUGAAGGAAAAGGAAUAUAAUUUAAGAGUCAUACCCUUUGGAUUUGGUACUACUUUAACAAGUAGAAAUGUAUUUGAUAAACAAUUGAAAGAUUUAAGAUUAUUAAUUCAAGAUAGAAUAGACGCUUUAGAAAAAGUUUUUGAAAGGUUGAAAAAUGAUGAACCAAUUAUCAAUUCUGAUAUACAUUCAAACGAUUUAAGCGGGACAAUUGAUAGCGAUACUGAAUUAUUAUCAGCCGAAAUAUUAAGAAGAAAAAUGGAUCAAUUACAUAUCAAUAAUAGAUUAGAUGAUAAUUCUAAUGUUUUCAAUGAUUUCAAAAACAUGUCUCCAAAGGAGAAUAUAAUAGAAUCUGAAUUAAGUUAUAGGAUCAAAAUGAAACAUAAAUCAAGUCCAAAUUUGAAAAACGUUUUCUUUCCUGGGUUUUUAAGUGGUUCUCAUUAUUCAACAAACUCAGUAACUACAGAAUCAUCAUUAUCUACUGAUUCUAUAAUAUCAAAUAAUAUUCCACAACAAUCAUCUACUUCUUCAUCAACGAUAGGAAUUAUUUCAUCAAAUCGUAGAACACCAUUACAACAUGUAUCUACAACAGAACAUCAAUCUAUGGACAAAUCAGGAUUAAUAGUUAUUUCCACACAAAUUCCUAAAGCAUCAUUACCAUACUUGUCACCAUCCCUAUUACGGAAAACGAAUAAAUUUGAAAAUAAAAAUCGUCAUGAUCAAGAAAAUUGGUUAAGAUUAUCAAGAUUAAAUACAGAUGAAGAAAACACUGAAUUAACUAAAUUAGAAAUAAAAUUAACAUGUCUCCAAUCAAAUAAUAGUACACCACAUAAUCCACCACAAAUUCAGUCUGUAAACGUCGAAUUACUUGCUAUAAAUGGUAAAUCUGAUAAUUCGAUCCCAAUCAAAUUACAAGCUGCAGCUUUAUUGAACGAGGAAAAAUUAUCACAUAUAACAAUGUCAUUUAAAGCAUAUCAAAAUGCCAUAUCAAAUUAUAGGAAGGGUUUUAGAGAGAAUUUAAUGAAAUUGAAUGAAUUAUUCAACGUGGGAAGAACAUUAAGCAAUGCACGUGUACUUGAAUUUACAGAUUUUAUUACUGAUCAAAUGAGAAAUGAUAUCGAGAGUUUAUGUAAUUUAGAAGUGGAAAGGAUCCCUGUACCAGAUAUCUUUGUUAAAUCUGCAUUAAAACAAAAUGUCCCUGAAGAAAAAAUACCUUCAACAGGUAGUUCUUCCUUAACUACUCCAUGGAUAAAAUGUGGACCAUCAGAAUAUCAAAGGAAAUUGAUUCUAAAUUUAGAGUAUAGUGAAAAGAAUAAUAAUCAUACGUUAAUACCUGACUUUGAAAGUUGUUUAUGUUGUAGAUUCUAUUGUAUCAGAGUUCAAGUGAAAUUUGAGAAUCAUAUUGGUCUUGCUACUAUUGACAUACCUGUAUCGGUUAAAAAAUUGAACUCAUAG